AUGGAGGAGGCUGAGCACAAGAGAAGGAGGAAGCUCCCCAUGUACCAAGAGCACUACAAUGCUCUCUUCUCCAUGGACUUUGUGGAGACCAAGUACCCACAUGAUGACACAAUGAAGGCCCUUGGAUCUUUGAGGAUGUGGAGUUGGUCUCAAGAACAUGCACUUGGCCAAGUUUUCUCUCACCGCAUGGAGUCCUACAAGGAGCUCACUUGCAGCUUGGAUCUUUUUGGGUUCACUAUGGAGAAGGGAACCAUGGAACUCAAGGAAAAGAUGAACUCCAAAGGGUUUGGGCUACAAUCGCUGAUGGGUACUCUUCCUCAAGGUCCAAGGCUGCUCAGAUCAGGAGCCCAGUGCUUGAGAUAUGUGCACAAGGCACUUGCCAACACCUUCUUUGCAAGGAAGGCACUGGGACAAUCAAUGAGGGAAGUGAAGCUCCUUGACAUGGGAAUCAAGCCCAUCAUCUCACGCACAAGGAUGGGAAGAAGAUCAGAGGAGAUAGGACACGCAGGGAACUCAUGCCUCUCCUUGACAGCUCUCUCCUACAAGACACAGCUUACAACACUAGGCAUCAAGAGGAAGAAAGCUUAA